GGGGCUUCGGCGCUUUUUUGCGCGAUCCCCCCUGUCGGCUGGCUGUACGAGCGCGACACGGCGGCCGGAGCGCCUGUCCCGGUGAAACACGCUCCUGUGGCCAAUAACGUUGUAAGAACGUUAUAAUAAGGGCCCACCGUCCGCGCCUUAACGCAGGGAUUUAUCAUCCUUUUUUUUUUUUAUUUUUUAACUAAAUAUUUUUAUUGUAAGCUUUUUGCUGGCCUUGAAGUUUGAAGAGAUGCACGUCUUUAGAAUAAUUCUGCUGGUCUUCCAGGCUUUGGUUGUGUCCAGAUUGGCUUGUGGCGCCUCCAUCGACAGGUACGAGAGCGCCAAGCCUGGUCAGACCACUGUGAUUGACUUGCGGCGAUCCCAGAGCGAGAGUGUAGCAGAGGGCAUCACAGAGUACGUACACUAUGAUGAAGAGGAUGACUACUAUGGCAAUGAGGAUGAAGAACAGGAGUAUGAAGAUUAUGCCUCCGGUGUUGACGAAGUUUAUCUACCCAAAGUGGCUCAUUCCAGCAAACCCAAAGACCCGACUGCGAUACUGGAAGCAGCGAGGAACAAUGUGACAAAAAGCAGGGGGCUGGGCAGGAAGAGGAGCAAAGGAAAAGGCAAGGGCAAGAAGAGGGACCCUUGUCUUAGGAAGUACAAGUCCUUUUGCAUCCACGGCACCUGCCGCUACCACAAGGAACUGCGUACACCCACUUGUGUGUGCAAUGCAGGAUACAUUGGAGAACGAUGCCACACACUGAGCUUGCCAGUGGGGACAAAUCCAGGAAAUUACGACCGGACAACAGCCCUAGCUGUGAUGGCGGUGGUGCUGUCCUCGCUGUGUCUGACCAUCAUUGCCAUUCUCCUGGCAAUUAGGUACCACAAGAGAGGCGCAUAUGAUGUGGAGAAUGAAGAGAAGGUCAAGCUAGGGACGGUGCCACAGCAUUGAAGAGCAAGAGUCAAUG